UUAAUCCUGAGACUCAUCAUCUCUCAAUACGAGUGAACUUGUUCACGAGCGGAUUUUGACCGCUCCAUCAUGGCGGACGCGCAGACGUGUCGCCUCCGACAGAGAACAAUCUAGGUAUGUAUGUUAGUGGUUCCAAGGGGCAAGGAGACGCUCGAAAACAAAUGGUAGGGGUAAAAAUAAGAAAUUGGUUUGGGCCUUAAAGUGGAAACGCACUAAAUGUGCAGAGCAGUGGGCCUCCAGGACCCAUGUUGAGGACCACUGCUGUAGAAGUAAAGUGGGCCUGAGAUGAAAGUGAGAGAGCUGCGAUGGUACAUCUGAAAUGCGUGUUGCCGCUUCCUAUUAGACAGUUUAAAGGAAGUGGCCUCUGACAUUAAACGUGAAAAGAUUUUUUUUUUUUUUGUUCCAAAAAAGGAAGGAGGAACUACCAGCUCAAAUUGAGAGUCGGCCUGUUGCCUUCCACACAUUUUACUUUAUGAGCCUGUCAGCGGUAGGAGAGCUUGGUCUGCGUGGAGGCUACUUUUAGUCUAAUUCAUUGCGCACCUUAGAGUGAAGUAAUAUAGGAUUGUGAGUCUCUUAAGCGUGGUGCAGUUUUUAAUGACAGAAAUGAUCUUACACCUUGUACUUUGCGGUAUUGCCCUGCUUGAUGCUGCCGCUGGCUAUCGUCCAGUCAUUAUCGUUCAUGGGCUGUUUGAUGGGCCCAAACAGUUCACCAAGCUGGCGAGUUUUAUCAACCAGACCCACCCAGGUACCAGUGUGACCACAGUAGAUCUAUACGAUGAUAUGGCCAGCCUUAAACCCUUGUGGGAGCAGGUCAAGGGCUUUAAGAGGGCCAUGGGGCCGAUGAUGGAGAAAGCCACAGAUGGAGUCCACCUCAUUUGCUUCUCACAAGGUGGUUUGGUAUGCCGAGGAAUUCUUGCCACUAUUCCCAAACACAAUGUCCAUUCACUGAUUUUUCUCUCAUCACCACUAGCUGGCCAGUAUGGAGAUACAUCUUACUUGAAGUAUUUCUUCCCAAAAUAUAUUAAGUCAAAGCUUUAUCACCUGUGCUAUACCCUCUUUGGACAAAAGAUCUCAAUCUGCAACUUCUGGAAAGAUCCACAUCAAAGAGAGAGAUACUUGAAGACCAACAGCUAUCUUGCCUUUUUGAACGGCGAGCGCAAACAUCCUAAUUUAACAGAGUGGCGAGAACACUUCUUGAGCAUUAAGAAGUUGGUGCUGAUUGGGGGACCAGAUGAUGGUGUCAUUACACCCUGGCAGUCGAGUUUCUUUGGAUUCUACGACAGCAAUGAAACGGUGGUCGAAAUGAAAGCGGAGGAUUGGUACCUAAAGGAUGUGUUUGGCCUGAAAACUCUGGAUUCCAGAGGAGACCUGGUUCAAUGUGUGUUCUCUGGAGUCCAUCACACCUCCUGGCAUUUGAAUUAUACUGUGUACAAGGACUGCAUAGAGGAGUGGCUAACUUGAGUAAUAUCUAAGCUUUAUACAUAUGCAUACACAGCCACAGAUUGAGACAUCUAUAGCUUGCAGCCUUUCAUUCACAAUUCUUUAUUAUUUUUUUUAACAAGUUGUGCUGUUGCUUUCAAACCUGCACAGUUAUAAGCAUUCUCUGCCUCCAGCAAACCUGAUCCUCUUCAAGAAAAAAUUUUAUUUUAUUAUUUUAUUAAUUAGUUGAGCUGGAUCUGGGAAUAGUAACGACUGUGUAGGACUGUGGGUGCCCAGGAGCGGGAUUAAAAACUACUAUUUUAAUUGAACUGAUGAUAUUAAACCAUUAUAUGAUUAAAAUGUUGCAAAGUAGUUCAAAUAAAAAAAAUAAACCUAUCCAAAUAUA